AGAAUAAUCGGUCUAUUUUCAAGUUAUUAGAUAACCUUCAAAUGUUUUAUUUUUAUUGAACAGAUAACAAGUUGUCGAACUUUUAAGGUGUCGUGAUAUUUUGAUUUAAAAAAUUGAUUAUUAAUGAUCUAAUACAUAAUCAUGAACACUUUAAAUAAAAUUACAGCGUUGAGUUCAGCUGUUCCCAAAAAUGCAAGGUUUAUCGCUACGACAAGUUCUUGUUUAAACGCUGAUGAUGGAUGGCUAUCGAAACUUCUGGUGCGAAAAAUCGAACCGACAAAAGAAUCUCACAGUCGUAUGCUUAGCGACAAGGAGAUUGUAUAUGCGUUACAUACGCACAACAUUAGGCCGGACUCAGUUGAUAAAUAUUUGAAAAACUAUGCCACUUCUGUGGCAUUUGUAGAAUCCCGUAAGGCAGACCUAGGCUGUGAACUAGUAGGAUCAUGGACAGUGUCUGUGGGAGACAUGGAUCAAGCUUUACACUUAUGGCGGUAUGUUGGUGGCUUCGAAAAGAUUGACAAGGCCAAAAUAUUGUUUAAGGAAAAUCCUGAAUAUCGGGCACUAGAGAAGGAGCGCGGUAACUUCGUGAGGUCUCGUCACCUGCAAUAUUUGCUCGCCUUCAGUUUCUGGCCCUCGGGCGAGCCCCGUGCACCCAGUAAUAUCUAUGAAAUUCGAUCCUAUAGCUUGAAGCCAGGAACUAUGAUAGAGUGGGGCAACAACUGGGCUCGCGGUUUGACCUACCGCCGCGCUAAGAACGAAGCCUUCGCUGGAUACUUCUCGCAGAUUGGGCGUCUUUACAACGUACAUCAUAUUUGGUGUUACAAGGACCUUCAAGCUCGACGUGAAACUCGCGAGAGUACGUGGCGUAAUCCGGGUUGGGACGAAUGCGUCGCGUACACGGUCCCACUCAUUCGGGAAAUGCAUUGCCGCAUCCUGGAGCCUACUGAAUUCUCACCUACUAAGUAAUUUCAAGUGUCAAUUGAUUCGUUGCAGUUGAUUACAUUUCAUGAGUAGCUUUUCUUUAUUCGGUUUUUUUUAGUUCACAGCUGUCAUACAAAAAAAAUAUUUUUUAUAUUUAUAUUAGGGUCAUGUCAUAUUCACAGCGAUAUUAAUUGGCUUUUUAAAUGUAUAAGUGUGCAAAAUAAAGUAAAAUUAUGUACACAUUGUUGGCAGCAAUUAUGUAAGAACUACACAUAUAAAUUGUUACCUAUUAUAUACCUCCUGGUAUGAAUAGGGCAACAGGAAUAUAUUUUGUCGUCUUGCCGUAGCGUCACACGCCUAUCUGAUCUGGUAGUAAACCUGUUUACAACGAGUAAAGUUUAGGUGACUAAAAUAGAACACGGUCACAAGAUCAGAUAAAUCAUUGACACUAUAUCAUAUUUAUAAGUCAUAUCAUAUAAGCAUAUGCGAAUCCUAAGAGAAACGUUUUAAAACGCACAGUCAAAAUAUUAUAUAUUAACAUGAUACUAAAGGAUCUUUGAAAUAAGUAAAAAAUUCAACAAUUUCAUUGCUUCCUAAUAUUAACGCCGUCAUAAUUCCUGCUUCGAGAGGCAUGCUGCAACAUUAUAUUCGGUGGAGCUUUUUUAUUUCGACUAUCUUUAUAAGAACUCCUGUGAAGUUAUUUGACCAUUUUAUUAAUGAACUUGAUAGUUAACACAAAUUUAAUAAACAUUAUGUAGAUGUCACAAUUCAUGAAUAAGAAGGUUCAUUAAUCUUCUGAUAACUGCCAACCUUUUUUACAAAGAUCGUAACAAUUUAGAUAUCUCAUCUCCUUUAUAUUAUGAAAUGGGCAUUUAUAGUACACGGCUGAAAUGAAUUUAAUAUGAAUGGCGAAAAAAUAUGAACUUUUCAUGUAAAUAAAAGAAAUAAUAAACUUCAAUUGUUAAAUGCCAUAUGGCAUGUAUUUAGCAUUUAAGUAAAAACAUUGUAUAUUUAUAAAUAGAGUAGACGGGAUUUUUAACUUUAUUAUAGAAAAUGCCAUCCUAUGAUUAGAUUUCUAUUACUAGCAUUAUCAAAAAUUAUUGAAUUAUAUAAUGCUUGAGUA